AUGUCCGCAGAUUUCUGGGCUGGCUACCUGAGCGGAGCCAUUGGUAUCAUCAUCGGCAACCCUUUGGAUAUUAUCAAGGUCCGCCUUCAGGCUUCACAUACUACCCCAGCGAAUGCGAUAACCCCGCCAAAUCCUAUAAGGGGCCAAUUUGAGGGCACCAGCUCCCUUGUCAGAGGCGCUGCGGCCCCGAUUCUUGGAUAUGGAGCUCUUAACGCCCUUCUAUUCGUUGCGUAUAACCGGACUUUGAUGUAUUUAUCGCCAACGACGACCGACCCAACAAACCCGCAAGGUGUGCCGUUGUCUCAGAUUUGGCUUGCAGGCGCAAUAGGAGGACUUGCAAGCUGGACAAUAUCUUCUCCAACUGAGCUCGUCAAAUGUCGUGCGCAACUCAGCAGCCAUCAGUCUGUUUCCUCCUGGACCGUUGCAAAGGAUAUCUUACGCAAGUCAGGCCCAAAAGGUCUUUAUUUCGGGGGCCUAGUUACAAGUAUUCGUGACUCUGUGGGAUACGGCUUUUAUUUUUGGUCUUACGAACUCUGCAAGCGAUUGAUGGACUCCAGAGGGCCAAGUUCGCAACAAGAAGCCAUCAGUAUUUUAUUGUGCGGUGGAAUUGCAGGUGUUGUAACAUGGGCAUCUGUUUUUCCACUUGAUGUAAUUAAAACGAGGCUUCAGGCUCAAUCUCUUCCAGGAGCUCGUUUGGGUAGCAUCCUUCCGGAUAAACAGCCACUGCUGGCCAGUGCAUCCCACUCUCAGACCCCCACGACUGGCCGGGUAUUGAAUUCGGUUGAGAUAGCCAGGCAAGCAUACCGCUCCGAGGGCCUGAGCAUUUUCUACCGAGGGCUUGGAGUGUGUAGUAUUCGAGCGUUUAUCGUGAACGCUGUGCAGUGGGCGACUUACGAGUGGAUCAUGAAAGCCUUCGAACAAUCCCGUGAUCUACCUCAAAUUUUAGAGAAAAUUUAG